ACACCAAUGAUGGCCAAGAAGCUAUGGGGCAUCAUCAGAGUGAUACUCUAUAUGAUGAAAAAAGGAAUUUCAACAAACAUCCCAUGGUUUGAAAUCCAUAUGAUGCUUAAAAGAUCAACAAAACUCGCCGGAAAAGCAAUCGGAAACCUCCUCCUUGACCACCAUCAAUCACUCUCUUCCGCCUUCACUUGCCGUCCAAACAACAUCCAUAAAACCUUCAUUCAGCCUCUUGAGUAUGAAUUCUCUUUUACCAACACACCCCUGUUUCACCCUAAACGUAAAAACAAACGCCGCCAUCAUCUUUUUAACCACACGGUUAAAAACUCUUACCACCACCAAAACCACAAUAAUGAAUCUUCUGUUAAUAAUGUGAAAAGGGUGUUUGAUAUUUUGAACAGUUACGAAAACCAUUGUGAAACGACGUCGUUUGGGGAGCAAGAAACGGUGAAGUCGCCGUUAACUUUACUGGGGUUUGGAGAAAGUACUAAUGUAAAUGUACGGCAGUUACGGGUGACGGAUUCGCCUUUUCCGGUGAAUAACAAUGACGAGGAAGAUACGCUUCAAGUGGAUAAAGCAGCUGAGGAGUUUAUUAAGAAUUUCUAUAAUGAAUUGAAGAAACAAAAGAAAAGAGCUGCCGUCGAACCACCGUCCCCGUUGCCGCCGGCUUAUCAUAAAUGGGGUCAUGUCCGAUGAGCUGUCCUUUAUUAUAAAGUUCUUAA